GAAGUCACCUUGCAGAUGAUGCAGGAAAAACCAGCAGCACAGGUGGAGGAGGUCUGUAAGUUCCUGGGCCACACCCCUGCCUUCCUCUCCCUGACCAAGUAUUUAGAAGGAAGAACGACCAGCAGCUCUGAUCUGGGCAGACUUUCAAGGAAGAUGCAGCCACUCCUGCUCUUGUUGGCCUUUCUUCUGCCCUCUGAGCCUGCAACAGGAAUCAUCAUGGGAGGACAUGAGGCGAAGCCCCAUUCCCACCCCUACAUGGCAUGGAUUCAGAUUAUGGAUGAGGAGAUGCCCAGUAGAUGUGGUGGUGUCCUCGUGCAAGAGGACUUUGUUCUGACGGCUGCUCACUGCUGGGGAAGCUCAGUCAAGGUGACUCUGGGGGCCCACAACAUUAAGAAGCAGGAGAGGACCCAGCAGGUCAUCUCUGUGAUAGAAACCAUCCCCCACCCACACUAUAAUCCUAAGAAGUUCUCCAAUGAUAUUAUGUUACUAAAGCUGGAGAGAAAGGCCAUGCAGACUGCAGCUGUGAGGCCCCUCAGCCUGCCCAGGGGCCAGGCCCAGGUGAGGCCCGGAGAGGUAUGCCAUCUAGCCGGCUGGGGGCAAGUCAACCCAAGAGGCAGAUUGUCCGACACUCUGCAGGAGGUGGAGCUGACUGUGCAGCAGGAUCAGGUGUGCAAAUCCCAGUUAGACAAUUAUUACAACAGUACCACUCAGCUGUGCGUGGGGGACCCGAAGGAAAAGAAGUCUUCCUUUAAGGGGGACUCUGGGGGCCCUCUUGUGUGUAAGAACGUGAUCCAGGGCAUUGUCUCCUAUGGACGAAUCAGCAGGACAUCUCCACGGGCCUUCACCAAAGUCUCAAGUUUUUUACCCUGGUUAAACAAAAUGAUGAAAAGCCUCUAACUGUUGGAACCAGGCCAUCUUCUCUGGAGCUGAUCCAGAAUGACACCAGUAACUAAAUAAAUGUCUCUGAGCUGAG